AGAGGAUCCCAGCUUCUCCUCAGGCCCCUAGGGCUUCCCUGAGCAUCUGAGCAGGAGCUGAAACACAGAACACCAAGGGCCCACAGUGUGUACCCAGGAUGAUGUCCUACGGAGAGAGGUUGGAGGGCCGGGCUGUCUCCCCACUCCCAGUGUGUGGGGGGCACAUGAUGCGUGGGGCGGCCUUUGCCUACGUGCCCAGCCCACAGGUCCUGCACAGGAUUCCAGGGACCUCAGCCUAUGCCUUCCCCAGCCUGGGCCCCGUGGCCCUCGCCGAGCAAGGCUGCCCCUAUGGGGAGGUUCUGGAGCACCAUGACCCGCUGCCUGCCAAGCUGGCCCAGCAGGAUGAGCAGAAGCCAGAGCCUGGGUUGGCCCAGAAGCUGCGCCGGGCUGGCUUGACCCUCCUCAAGGUACCACUGAUGCUCGUCUUCCUCUACCUCUUCGUCUGCUCCCUGGACGUGCUCAGCUCAGCCUUCCAGCUGGCCGGAGGGAAGGUGGCUGGCGACAUCUUCAAGGACAAUGCCAUCCUGUCCAACCCGGUGGCGGCGCUGGUGGUGGGGAUCCUUGUGACCGUGCUGGUGCAGAGCUCCAGCACCUCCACAUCCAUCGUGGUCAGCAUGGUCUCCUCCGGCUUGCUGGAGGUAAGCUCUGCCAUCCCCAUCAUCAUGGGCUCCAACAUCGGCACCUCCGUCACCAACACCAUCGUGGCCCUGAUGCAGGCGGGGGACAGGACUGACUUCCGGCGGGCCUUCGCGGGGGCCACAGUGCACGACUGCUUUAACUGGCUGUCAGUUCUGGUCCUGCUGCCCCUGGAGGCUGCCACCGGGUACCUGCACCACAUCACUCGACUUGUGGUGGCCUCCUUCAACAUCCGUGGCGGCCGCGACGCCCCUGACCUGCUCAAGAUCAUCACGGAGCCCUUCACUAAGCUCAUCAUUCAGCUGGACAAGUCCGUGAUUACCAGCAUUGCCACGGGGGAUGAGUCCCUGAGAAAUCACAGUCUCAUCCGGAUCUGGUGCCACCCAAACCCCAUGGAGGUUCCCUCCCUCAGGCCCAGGGCAGAGGCCAACACCAGCCGGAUGCUCGGAAAUGCCACUAUGGAGAAAUGCAGCCAUAUUUUCGUGGACACAGGACUGCCUGACCUGGCUGUGGGGCUCAUCCUGCUGGCUGGCUCCCUGGUGCUCCUGUGCACCUGCCUCAUCCUCCUCGUCAAGAUGCUCAACUCUCUGCUCAAGGGCCAGGUGGCCAAGGUCAUUCAGAAGGUUAUCAACACUGACUUUCCCACCCCCUUCACCUGGGCCACAGGCUACCUUGCCAUGGUGGUGGGCGCUGGCAUGACCUUCGUUGUCCAGAGCAGUUCUGUGUUCACCUCGGCCAUCACCCCACUCAUCGGCCUGGGUGUGAUCAGCCUUGAGCGCGCCUACCCACUCACACUGGGCGCCAACAUCGGCACCACCACCACGGCCAUCCUGGCUGCACUGGCCAGCCCCCGGGAGAAGCUGUCCAGUGCUUUCCAGAUUGCCCUCUGCCACUUCUUCUUCAACAUCUCAGGCAUCCUGCUGUGGUACCCAGUGCCCUGCACGCGCCUGCCCAUCUGCAUGGCCAAGGCACUGGGCAAACGCACCGCCAAGUACCGCUGGUUCGCCGUCCUCUACCUCCUACUGUGCUUCCUACUGCUGCCGUCGCUGGUGUUUGGCAUCUCCAUGGCAGGCUGGCAGGCCAUGGUAGGUGUGGGCACACCCUUUGGGGCUCUGCUGGCCUUCGUGGUACUUGUCAGCAUGCUGCAGAGUCGCAGCCCCGGGCGCCUGCCCAAGUGGCUGCAGACAUGGGACUUCCUGCCCCGCUGGAUGCACUCCCUGCAGCCCCUGGACCACCUCAUCACCCGCGCUACCUUGUGUUGUGCCAGGCCCGAGCCCCGCUCACCCCCGCUGCCCGCCAGGGUCUUCCUGGAGGAGUUGCCCCCUGCCACACCCUCCCCCCGCCUUGCGAUGCCCAGUCACCACAAUGCCACCCAUCUCUAGGCUCCAGCCCAGACUGCCGCCUGGAGUCAGGAAACGCCUGUGCCUGGUGCCCAGGGUAGAAGGGCAGAGGGGUGUGUCUGUGUGCUCUGGGCAUGCGCCUGUCCUUGCGCAGGUCCUCAGAGGUCUGGGCUUGUGAGAGACCUGCUCUGUCCCUGUCACUCAUUGAGAGACAGUGUUAUGUGCACACGUGGGCAUGUUGGGGUGAGCCUGUGUGACAGCCUGCAUAUGCGUACUGAUGCACCUGGGGGUGGGGUGGGGGGGUGCGUGCCAACUGCAGGUUACUUGGGUAUGAUUUUGAGUCCUUUGCACAUGUGCCUGGAGACCUGCACUGUGUUCUUGUGCACACACAACUCUGACUGGGCUGGGUGGGAGUAAGGGUGAGUCUGAGUUCAUGACCUACAGCUGUUUGCUCGCGCAUAGAUGUGGGAGCCUGAGUCGCUGGCUGAAUUCUCGCCCCCUCCCUGCCACCUUCCUUCCUCCAUGAUACCAUUCUCCUCAUCCUCACCCAGGUUUUCUGUAUCAUUGUUACAACCCUCUUCCCCAACACUGCUU